CUUUUAAAAGCCCCAAUUCCUCUCCAAUCAUCCCCUCAUUCUGUUUUCCAUACAUCACACAUACCCACACACCACACAUUCAUCAUGAAGUUGCUCACCAAGGAAGAAGAAGACGCCCACUACCGCUCCGUGGUCAAGGGCGGCACUAUCGGUGGCCUUCUUGGUCUUGCCGGCGGUGCAGCGGGCGUCAUGCUCGCUGCGCGACGAUACCACACAAUCCGUAACCUCACCAUCCCCAUGAAAGCCUUUUUGGUGACCUCAUCCGGUACCUUCGUCGGUAUCAUCGCGGCCGACCACGCCUCCCGGGAUUUCGAGAAGCAGCAAAAUGCCACCAGGAUGUGGUACGAAAACCGUGAAGACCGUCUGCACGCUGAAGAGUUGCGCGGUCUGAGCUUCACCGACCGCGCUGUCGCCUUCGCCCGUCGGGAGAAGUACAAGAUUGUCGGCGCCACCUGGAUCGCCUCCAUGAUCGGUUCAUUCGUCCUGGUCGGUCGCAACCCGUAUCUGUCGGGUCAGCAGAAGAUCGUCCAGGCCCGUGUGUAUGCUCAGGGUCUGACUCUGGCGGUGCUUUGCGCUUCUGCGGCGUUCGAGAUCUCCGAUCAGCGCAAGGGUCGUGGUCUCCUUGAUGCCGCUAAGAAGAAUAAGAAGCAGCAGCUUGAGGAUGCUGCAGAGCCUGCUCCUGUCCAUGCCGGCAACAAGGACCAGGGUGAUCUCUGGAAGGAUAUGGUUGCUGCGGAGGAGCAGCGUCUCAAGUCUAAGCACCAACCCCUCCAUGUGAAGCACGAGGCGAAGGAGGAGGCUUCACAGUCUAACUCCGAGGACUCUCAGGCUGAAGAGAAUUCCGAGUCUGAAUCCGAACCCGAGUCCAAGGAGGAGCCCAAGGCCGAGAAGGCCGAGGACAAGAAGCAGGCUUAAAUCUGCAUGCCUACAGCGACAGCGACAGGCCUGCCUUGCCUUUUUCUCAUGUGGCACCGCCACACCAUUUCAUAUCAACACGGCUACUUCCUAGCGUAAUGUUGCCCCUUGAAUGAUGAUCCAUUCAACCACCCCAGAGCCUAUCAGGCUUUAUGAACCCACAAUAGACUGCGAGACAGGAUUAGGGUUUCUUCCAAGAGGCUGGACCAUUUGGCUUCCCUUUUUGUCUAACCCUCGCACAUAUUUUCUGCAUUUUUUUUUGCCGGGUGUUUAAUUCUUUUUUUUUCACCCCAUGUCUCAAACGGUUCAUGCGAGCCAAAAGUCUCCCUGCUAUAUUUUUGUAUGAUACUUCACAAGCUGGUUUUGGGAUCUCUUUCUCUACUCUAAUGAAUGAUAUAUAUCCCCACGAUGUUACUUUUUUUCCCCCUGAUUUUUCGUGGUAUAUUGAGUGUUAAUUGUCACGUCGCAAUUCCAAUCAAUUCAAG